CUGUGGCCCGGUCGUGUAGGAGGUGAUAGGGAGAGGUGAAGGGGGAGACCGGGGAAGUGCAGUCAGGGGACACCGGGGACUGCAAGGGAAGACGUAACCGGAGGAAGAUUCGUCCGGGGCAUGGACUACAGACCUGGUGAGGUCUGAAGUAAAGUGAUGGCUUCGUACAGCUGCAGUGUCGUUCUGGCUUCUCUCAGAUCCCGGAGUUGCCGUCUUGUCCUUCAGAAGAACAGCUGUCCACUCUUCUCCACCUUAUCCCAUCACCAAAAUGGGCACCUGCCCCCCAUGGCGAGAUGCGCGACUCAUACAAAUUUCAUGUACCCAACCAUCAACAACCGGCAUUUCCACACCUCAGUGUUACAGCUGCAGAACGUACCGCCAUCGACACCUCCCACCGAAGUGCCUGAGAAGUCACCUCAGGUGAUCCCCAAGUCUCUAGGCCAGAGAGUGGUGGAUGAGAUCAAACACUUUUACCAUGGGUUUCGUCUGCUCUGGAUAGACACCAAAGUGGCUGCUCGCAUGGUGUGGAGGCUGCUCCAUGGCCAGAUCCUCACCAGGAGGGAGAGAAGACGGUUAAUGCGGACAUGCGCUGACCUGUUCCGGCUGGUUCCGUUCAUGGUCUUUGUUAUAGUCCCGUUCAUGGAGUUUCUGCUGCCGGUAUUUCUGAAGCUCUUCCCUGAGAUGUUACCUUCCACCUUCGAAACAGAGUCGAAAAAGGAGGAGAAGAUGAAAAAGAAGCUGGGAGCCAAAUUGGAGAUGGCCAAGUUUCUUCAGGAGACGAUCUCGGAGAUGGCCCGAAGGAACAAGGCAGAGACCGGAGGGGACAGACAGCAGCAGUUUUCUUCCUACGUCCAGCAGGUGCGAGUCACAGGCGAGCAGCCCACCACGCAAGAGAUUGUGCGCUUCUCUAAGCUGUUUGAGGACGAGCUGACCCUGGAGCACCUGGAGAGGUCCCAGCUGGCGGCGCUGUGCCGACUGCUUGAGCUGCCACCAAUUGGCACCAAUAACUUAUUACGGUUCCAGCUGCUGAUGAAGCUUCGAUCCAUAAAGGCCGAUGACGAGAUGAUCUCAAAAGAAGGAGUGGGCAACCUGACUGUAGCCGAGCUUCAGGCCGCCAGCAGGACGCGAGGUAUGAGGUCUCUGGGUCUCACAGAAGAACAGCUCCGAGAUCAGAUCAAGCAGUGGCUGGAUCUCCAUUUAACGGAGAAUGUUCCUCCGUCUCUCCUGCUGCUCUCCAGAGCCCUGUAUCUGACCGAUGUCAAGCCCAAGCCCAUUCUGCCCGUGAAACAGACCGUGGAGGCACCAAAGAGCAGCUCUCCAUCAGCACCGCAUCCAGACUCCAAAGAGACGUUAACGGACCCAGCGCCCGUCUUACAAGACGUGCAGGCGGAGAACAUUACACCAAAAACCCUCAUCCAGGACCCUACACUCCAGGCCAAAGAAAGUGCAAAAGCCAGCGCCAAUGGAGUGUAAGAAGAACCGAGGACGUCUACGUGUCACUUUACAGAUUGCAAGCGAGAAUAUGGAUGUGUCAGUAAAGAAGAGCUCUCCUCUAGGACCUGCGGUACGGCCUGAGCGGUCGUCACCCAGUGGACCUAACGUCUGAGCUGUGGGAUCCUCUACAAAUGCCUCUGGUGCACUGUAAGGCCGUGCUGAAUGCCAGGCUUCUGAUAAUGAAUGAAUGAAAUUCUCGGAGUGCGUACCACGUAGGAACUAUCGGAGUGUGUGCAAAGGCUCGGGGGAUUUAUUUCUUAUUGAUUUAUUUUUAUAGUGUAUUUUAUGAUGAAAGGAUUUGUGAACUUGAAACUGUACCUGCAUGGAAUAGGGACUACUUAGCUCUUAGUCUGAGCUAUAGGCGAAGCCUGUGGAUGUAUCUACAGCAGCCAUGGCAGUAGUUGAUGCAGCUCCUUCUGCCGCUAAGGGUAGGUACACAUGUAGCAGAUAUGUUGCGGAUGUGCAGAGAAAAUCUGCAUCGUUUUACGUUCACCGCAAGGUGGAUGAGAUCUUAACAGGUCCACGUGGAGAUGCAGUGCAGAUUUUCUUUCCGCAGCAUGAUUAUUUUUUAUAUGGAUUUUUACCUUUUUCAGUGCAUGGGUGAUUUUUUUUUGCCUCACAUACGGAGGCAUUCUAUCACAGCAGGAAAUCCCAGCACAAUCUGGGGCACUAAUCACAAGUCUUGUCAUUUGGCACAGGCUUCGCCUUUGGUGCUAGUCAUCUCUUCUCACACUGAAUAAGCUUUGGCAGUGGCAAAUGACCUUCAUAUUUCUGGCCAAAAAAGAGGGACUUUUUUUUUAAAAACAAAAAAAAGAAUAUUUUAUCUUGAUCACUGAAUCCUAAUUUCAAAUAUAUGAAUUCAUCUAUUGCCCCUUUUAUAGAGGAUGUGUCCUCUUUCCCGACAUGUCUGUCUUAGUAAUUACCUGUAUUCCCCAUAAAAUAACUAAAAAUA